CUUUUCCAACCCUGCGCUAGCAGCAAACAGACAUCGGCCGAUUCUUUUUUUUUCUGCGUUGCCUGAAAACAGACGACAUCAUGAAGCUCAACGUUUCCUUUCCCGCGACGGGAUGCCAGAAGCUGUUCGAAGUUGUGGACGAGCAUAAGCUCCGUGUGUUCUACGAGAAGCGUAUGGGCCAGGUUGUGGAGGCCGACAUCCUUGGAGAUGAGUGGAAGGGCUACCAGCUGCGUAUUGCCGGUGGCAACGACAAGCAGGGCUUCCCCAUGAAGCAGGGUGUGCUGACCCACGGUCGUGUGCGUCUGCUGCUGAAGAAGGGACACUCUUGCUACCGCCCACGUCGUACCGGCGAGCGCAAGCGCAAGUCUGUGCGUGGUUGCAUCGUCGAUGCCAACAUGUCCGUGCUGGCUCUCGUUGUGAUCAAGAAGGGUGAGCAGGACAUUGCCGGUCUUACCGACACCACCAUUCCCCGUCGCCUGGGACCUAAGCGUGCGAGCAAGAUCCGCAAGCUGUACAACCUGAGCAAGGAGGAUGAUGUCCGUCGUUUUGUGGUGCGUCGCCCCCUGCCCGCCAAGGACAACAAGAAGGCCACCUCCAAGGCCCCCAAGAUCCAGCGCUUGAUCACCCCCGUUGUGCUGCAGCGCAAGCACCGUCGCAUUGCGCUGAAGAAGAAGCGCCAGACGGCCUCCAAGGAGGCUGCCGCCGACUACGCCAAGCUGUUGGUCCAGCGCAAGAAGGAGUCCAAGGCCAAGCGUGAGGAGGCCAAGCGUCGCCGUUCUGCUUCCAUCCGCGAGUCCAAGAGCUCCGUUUCUAGUGACAAGAAGUAAAUUGCCGAUGCCGCUUUCAAUGCGGAACCCAAAAUUGUCGUCGUUAAAGCAGAAACUGAACGUAGAUCAAAUUCCAACGGUCUACUCAUUGAGAAAAGAAGUUUUGUAACCAUUUACGUUUAAUAAAUGUGAGAAUAUGGUAUACAGUGUA